CAUCAUCAUCAUCAUCAUCAUCAUCAUCAGUAUUUGAUAUAUCACAUGUUUUACAAUUUUUAAAUCAAAAAAUUACACUUAUCGAUACAAUUACUAAUUAUAAUCAAAUGAAUAAUAAUUCAAAAAAUUUAAAUGUUCAUCGUGCUUGUUCAUUGGUUGACCGUAGACAUUUUUAUGGUACAAAUAUAAAUAUUGAUAAAAGUAUAUCGAUUAUGGUUGGUAAAAAAAAUUCACAUUCAUUUCCAUUAAAAUAUGAGAUACGUUUAUUAGAAUAUAUUGAACCAUUUUUACGAAAAAAUUCUCGUGUUUUAGAUAUUGGUUCGGGUAUGGGUCAUUUAACUUGUUUAUUAGCAAAUCUAUGUCAAUUUGUAGUCGGUAUUGAUAAUGUUAAAGAAUUGGUUAAAAAAUCGCAAGAAAUUGUAGCAAAAUAUUAUCAAAAUUUACAACUUUGUUUUUGUAAAACAGAUGGCCGUAAUGGUUGUGAAAAUUAUUCACCAUAUGAUUUAAUUUUGAUUGAACCAAUAAUACGUACCGGUACGGUACCUGAAAAAUUAUUUCGUCAAUUAAAACCAAAUGGUUCAAUUAUAGCUAUUGUACGUUUUACAGAUGAAUAUCAACAAUUAUUACAACAACAAUCACAACAACAACAACAACAACAACCACAAUUAAAUCGAUUUCAAUUAGUACGAUUUAUUAAAAUGAAUAAUUUACAAAUAACAUUAGAAAUAUUAUGUAAUGAUCAUGAUUGGCUUGUACAGAAUCAUAAAGAUUGUUUUCAAUAA